GGGGACCCGCGGCCCUACUUUCUCACCGGCGCGAUGGACGUCGCGCUCUACGACGAGCAGUGUGAGUUCGCAGACCCGUUCGUCGCGUUCCGUGGCCGCGACCGCUUCGUCGCCAACCUCGAGAACCUCGCGGGCGGCUUCAUCACCGAGUCGUCGACGCGCACGCUCUCGUCCGAGAUCGAGCGGGGCGACGCGGCCGCGGGCGUGCCGCCGUCGUACAAGACGAAGCUGCUGGUCAAGCUGCGGCUCGGCCUGCCGUGGAGCCCGGUGCUGGCGUGGCCGUGGGGCGUGGAGCACGUCUUCGACCCGGCGACUGGCCUGGUCGUGCGCCACCUCGAGAGCUGGGACGUGAGCCCGCAGGAGGGCAUCCGGCAGCUGGUCAGCCCCGGGGCGGGCAGGAAGGUCAAGUGA